AUGUCGAAUACGCUGGCGUUGUUCUGGAACCUCGCCGCGACAGAUCGCGAGGCGCGUAUAGAUGCAUCAAAUGAGCUUGUCAAUGCAUUGCUGCAACAAUCUUCAGACUUCGGAAAUGUCGAUGAUACUACGCUGAUGGAAUCACCCCUGUCGGAGCAAGUGACUGACGAUGAAGUGGCUGGCGCUGAACAACGCAUCGACGAUGCCAAUACGCAAGACGUGAGCUAUGCGAUACGACGACUUGUGCGUGGUCUCGCAAGUCCGCGUGAGAAUGCACGCAUUGGAUUCGCUGUGGCAUUGAGUGGGUUAUUGACACACUUAAAGACAGUAUCUGCCAACGAUGUUCUUGUGCUCAUUCUCAAGUAUAGCGUGGUUCAUGGUAACAUGAAUGGUCAAGAAGUACGUGAUCUACAAUUUGCGCGUCUCUUCGGUAUUUAUGCUCUUGUGCGCUCGCGGCUCUUGUAUCGUGCGUACCUAAGCACGUUUCAGCGCGCCUUUCAUAUUUUGAUACAUGUGGCCUCGUACAAGUCCUGGCUCAGUGAGCCAUGCGGAUGGGUCCUAACUGAGCUCGUUGAACCUUUAGCCCGCAAUGAACCUGAUCGCCCAUCUUGGGCUGAUGAUGCCCUCGGAUGGAUCGCUGAUCAACUAAGCUCACAUCGUUCCCUUUCGCCUGAAACAUUGGCGCUCGCCCUUCAACUUACGCACAUGGAUCCCACAAUCAAGCUAGGCGAACGUAUGAUACCACCCUUCAAGACGCCUAAUUUCCUCGCAUCGGCCAACCUGCCUGUCCUUGCGUCUGUGCUCCGCGAAGCUGCACCUAUGCAUUGGCAGCCAGACACACCAGUUCCCAAGGCUGGCUCUUGGUCAACAAAGCUGCCAUUUGUAUGGGAUAAGCUACUGAAUUUGUAUUUGAACGAUAAAAUCCCAGAGGGCGUAGCGCCAUUUGCCGACUUCUUCCGUGUCGUCGUUGACGAGUCGCUCUUUGCUCCGCAAGCAUCGCCAGAGCGCAAAUCAUGGGGGUUUCAGGUGCUUCACCGCACGCUUGCACAUGCAUCUGAAGAUGUACUUCCCUUCUUAUUCACACCUCAUGUCAUGCGCACAUGGGUGAAUCAGCUCUCUGUUCCUGACCGCUUGCUUCACAGCAUGGCGCAAAAAACAGUCUCGCUUGUAGGAGAAGCGGUGAAGCGUAGUCCCACGGCGGGUAUCGCCCUAGUGACACAACUUACGGGUGAGCAUGGCCGCCAGAACUUUGAUCGUGUAACACAUACCAAAACCAUCGAGUCAAUUCUUUCGUCCCUUGAUGAAGAAGGCUUACAGCGUUACUUGGCAUAUCUUCGAGUCAUUAUAUAUGCACCUACCUCUGCCGCCCCCGAGGACGCAAAAGGCAUUGCAAUGCAGCGCCAAAGCGCUUGCGAUCAAAUGCUGGGACUUGUCCGCAGCCAUCUUGUGCAGUCUUCGAGCGGCUGGGUACGUGAUGUGCUGAUCUUUUUUGCUGGACAUGGCUACUACGCUGUUAAGAACCCCGUAAAAGGACCAUGGAGUGGUAUUCUGCAGGUACCCACUGUGCCAUUCACUGAUGCUCUUCGGGAAGUAUGCCGCUCUAGACUCCAGGCAUGCCUUAUUGAGCUAAGCGAGCCAGAUGAGCGUGGCACACCAUGGUCUUUGGCCGUGAUGGAUAUGCUUGAUACCAUGGAGAAAGAUCACAAACAUUUUACCACGACGGCUAGGCCAAUCGCGCAGGAAAGAAUUCAGCACGCUAAGAGCAUGCUACACCAGAUGCGAAAUGCAUCCAAGAAAGAAAAGAAUGAGACACGUAAGUUGCAUUUACGUGCAUUCGAAAUUCUUCUUGCGUCCGUUAUUUUGGUAACCUUUGAGGAUGGCGAUGAUGCACCUGAUAUGGUUGAUUCUGUUGUCGAUGCAGCCAAGCUUCUAUUUUUUGACGACAAGGCAUCGCAGCGUGAAAUGGAUGGGAUGGAACUACUUACCGAUGCACUUAUUGGUCUGCUAGAGAUCUCGUCUGCCUUUUUGCGAUCCAUGACGAUUCAGGUGUUUUCUGCUUUUAGCAGUUCUAUGACCCGAGACAGCUUAAACCACCUUGUUGAUCAGCUCGGUAUGGGCGAAAACGAAGAUGCAGAGGAUGAUGAGAUAAAAGAAGACGAGGAAGACGACGGAGACGAGGAGGAAGAAGAAGAAGCUGAUGAUGAUGAUGAUGAUGACGAAGAUGACGAAGAUGACGAAGAAGAGGGAGAUGAAGAAGACAUGGACGACUCUGAUGUGGAUCCUGUUCUUCGCUCACGCGUUGAAGAAGCCUUCCGGUCUACCGGCAUGAUGGAUGACGAUGACGAUGACGACGACGACCAAGAUGCCGUUAUGGAUGACGACCAGAUGGCUCAACUUGAUGACAAGCUGGCCGAAAUUUUCCAACAGCACACGUCGUCGAAGCGUAAAGAACGUGAAUGGAUCCAACGCGACACGGCCUUGUUUCACAACAAGAUUCUUGAUCUUCUAGACAUAUACGCCAAAGAACAAAGCGGCAAUAUUCUUGUUCUCCGUCUUGUCACGCCCCUUUUGGCACUGGCGCGCGGUUCUGGCGACACGAGUCAGCAAGUGGCCAAUCGCGCGAGUCAGAUUCUUCGGCAGCGUCUUUGCAAGUCGAAGGACCUACCGCACGGAGAUCACUGGGACGUGGAUGAAGUCGUCAGUGAGCUCAAAGAUACACAUGAGCUCUUGCGUACGUCCCAAGAUGCCAAGCUCGCAGACUUGGCAGCUGCCGUGAGUCAUUUGUAUACCAAGGUACUUGUUCGUCAUGGGCACGUCCAUGCAACAGUAGAUGUCUUCAAGACUACGCUUGAUGAUUUUUUGGAGCGCAAGUCGUCCCCCAUCCGUCCGGCUUUUUUGAUCGAAGCGAUUCGGCGAUACCCCGAACUAAGCUGGGGCUUGCGCCAUGCGUUGCUGCAAGGCUGCCGCGUCUCCAAGGCGGCACGCGCCUUCCGACAAGUUCAAGUGUUCACCAUGCUUCAAGUCUUGCUGCAACAGCAGCAGCAUGAAGACAUGCGCCAAGCGAACAUGGAGGAGAUCCUGUCUUUUAUCGAGCAUGUCCGUGCUGUGGUGCUGGAAACGGUCCAAGCAGCUGUUGCACAGGGUGAUGAUAAUGCAGGGAGCCUGAAUUCUCAACGUCUCAAAGAUGUGUUGCGCUUUAUUCUUCAGAGUGUGCGUAUCACUCUGCGAAUCACCGAUGGUCAGAUGUCUCAAGCGCAUGCAUGCUGGCCCCCGGCAGAACUGACCAACAUGUUGGAACGCUUGCAACAGUCGGAGCGCUUCAAGAACUCGACAUCACUGCACAGUAUUUUGAAGGAGGCACACAGUUUGUUGUGUAAGGAUAGCACGAACAUCAAGAAGAAGCGCUCUGCCACAGAGUCUGCACCUGGCAAGCGAGCCAAGGCUCGCCAUACGUAG